GGAGUUUUUCUCUUUCUUGUUUUCUUCUUUGUGUACGUGUAACUCGAGACUCUGGUGUUAUGUAACCGCUCAAUCACAGUUUCAAUCAAACCAUGUUUCUCACGCGAAUAUCCGUGGGCGGUUCCAUAGUGAUAAGAGCUGCGCGCUGCGGCACCGGACAAAGGCGCAGGUUUUCCCCUCGAGUUGCAGAAGAGCGAGAGCCCAGAUCCGGGGAAGGACCGAUCAUAAACACGCGUCAUGGCUCAGAAGACAGUGCUGAUUGUGUACGCCCAUCAGAGUGGGGAGUCCUUUAACUCGGCAGCGAAGGAUGUUGCCGUGGAAGCCCUCAGACAGCAGGGCUACAAGGUUGUUGUGUCUGACCUCUACGCCAUGAACUUCAGAGCCUCCGCCACAAUGGAGGAUAUCACAGGUGAGGUGAAGAACCCGGAGCACUUCAAGUACGGAGAGGAGACCAUGCAAGCCUGGAAGGAGGGUCGACUCAGUGAUGACAUCGUAGCUGAGCAGCGGAAAGUGGAGGCGGCGGAGCUCGUCAUCUUCCAG